GCGCAAUGAAUGGAAAGAAGGAAGCUGACGUAGUUCAUCAAUGAAAACAAACAAUGUAGUUGUGGCUCAGUGGAGACGAGCAGUCAGCGCUAAACUACGACGCUGACGGUCUAAUUAAACCUAAAGUGAAGCACUUAAUGAAGGCAACUAGAAGCAACAUGUUGGGUGCUGGAAUAUCAAACAACAAGGUCAAGUAUUCACGUCUGGCUGCUGAUGACGACGGCUACAUAGACUUACAGUUCAAGAAAAGCCCGCCCAAGGUCCCAUACAAGGCGAUUGCACUGGCAAUAUUCCUGUUUUUGAUUGGCUCCUUGCUGAUAAUCUUCGGGGCUCUUCUUCUGUCAGGAACCAUAAAGGUCGAGCAUCCAGACCGCACCAUCCCUGUCAUCAUCAUAGGACUACUGGUUUUCCUUCCUGGAUUUUACCAUUUGAGAAUCGCCUACUAUGCUGCAAAGGGUUACAGGGGUUACUCUUACGAUGACAUCCCAGAUUUUGGCGACUGACCCAAAAGACAGCUGCUGGUUGGUGGAGAAUCCCCUCCUUUUGCCACACAGUGUACCCCGAGACUGUUGCCUGCUGUUUACUUUGAGUUUCUGAAUGUAUUUUUUUAGCAAACAAGGCAAUACUUGAUCACCGUUCUGCUAUGAGACUUUAAUGUUUAGCCGAUUUUUAUGAUUAUUUGUUGUUUAUUUGACGUUACGUGUGGUAUUAUCCUCCACACAAAAGCUUGAAGAACCUUAGAGGCUCUAUAUAUUCAGUACUAUAUUCUAGUACCUGUUGCUUUCCUGCAGCAGUAGAGCAACAUGUCGCUUUUGUACAAAAAUCACCGGUGGUGAAACAGAUUUAGAGACUACACAAAUGCCUUUAACUUACUACUGCUAGAAAGUCCAUGACCUGGAUGACUGAGAAGCUUUUUGUUCUUUGCACAGUUGCACAGCUGUUACACAAUGUAUAUUUAACAAAAACCUUUUUGUGACUAUAUCAUUUUAUGCAAAGCUCUGGAGGCUAUAUUUCUCCUGCAGGUUUAUUUUUUUUGCAGCAGUACUAUCCAAAGAUCGAUUACUUUGUCAAAGUACAGUAUAUUUUCAACUGAGAUGUAUUACUUUCUGUAUGAAGUAUUGCUGUUUGUGUAUAUUCAGUUUUAAAUAUCAAAGAAAUGUCUAUUUUUAUGUAUAUCUGCUUGAUUAAAAAAAAAUAAAUGAAAUUAGAAAUCUGAUGUUAA